AUGCUAAAAAUCCUUACAUCAACCUUCAUACUCAUCCCCCUAACAUGAUAUUCCAAAAAACCCUGACUAUGACUUAAUACUACCAUACAUAGUUUUAUUAUUAGCAUUUGAAGCUUAACCCUACUAUACCACGACUCUGACCUAGGUUAUAAUUAUAAUAAUUAUUUCUCUUUAGACUCAUUAUCAGGACCACUACUUAUCCUAUCCUGCUGACUUCUUCCACUAAUAAUUAUUGCUAGCCAAAAUCAUCUAGCGCACGAACCUCUAGUACGAAAAAAAAUUUACUUAACUACACUUAUUAUUCUCCAACUCUCCCUAAUUAUAGCUUUCACCGCAUCUGAGCUAAUCAUAUUUUAUAUCCUAUUUGAAACCACCCUAAUCCCCACCCUUAUUAUUAUUACACGCUGGGGCAGCCAAAACGAACGACUUAAUGCUGGCCUAUAUUUCCUCUUCUAUACCUUAAUAGGCUCUCUCCCUCUCCUAGUAGCACUACUUUAUUUACACAAUAACUUAGGCUCUCUACAUAUGCUUACUAUAACAUUAGUAGCACCUACCUUAGACUCUUCUAUGUCAACUUCCCUACUCUGAUAUGCCUGCAUAAUAGCAUUUAUAGUUAAAAUACCACUUUACGGCCUCCAUCUUUGACUGCCUAAAGCACACGUUGAGGCUCCUAUCGCAGGCUCUAUAGUUCUAGCUGCCAUUCUACUAAAAUUAGGCGGCUAUGGCAUCAUACGAAUUACAGCAUUCACAGAACCAUUUACAUCAACUCUAUGCUACCCAUUCAUAAUCCUAUCCCUCUGAGGCAUAAUUAUAACAAGCUCUAUCUGCCUACGACAGACAGACCUUAAAUCUCUCAUUGCCUACUCUUCUAUCAGCCAUAUAGGCUUAGUAAUUAUUGCAGCCCUUAUACAAUCCCCAAUAGGCUUUAUAGGAGCUACCGUCCUAAUAGUAGCUCACGGACUCACCUCCUCAAUACUCUUCUGUCUAGCCAAUACAAAUUAUGAACGCACUCACAGCCGAACUCUUAUUCUUACUCGGGGCUUACAAAUAAUUCUCCCCUUAAUAUGCGCCUGAUGACUAUUAGCAAGUCUCGCCAACCUAGCUCAACCCCCUUCCAUUAAUCUUUUAGGAGAACUUUUAGUUAUUAUGACCUCAUUCUCUUGAUCUAAUUUCUCACUAAUCUUACUAGGCACCAAUACAGUAAUUACAGCCGUAUAUUCAUUAUAUAUACUAAUUACUUCACAACGAGGUAAAUUUACUGACCAUAUCUACCCUAUCAAACCAACACUUACUCGAGAACAUAUAUUAAUAACCCUACACCUUCUACCCUUACUUAUCAUUUCCACCUGUCCCAAAUUUAUUCUUGGCGUUACAUACU